CAAUUCUCGCCAGCCAAUACCCAAGCGAUCCGCCCCUCCAUCAAAAAAUUUAAGCGCCCACAGCGCAUAAACAUCUAUCCAUAGGUCCUCAGCCUCUACUGUGAAACAGUAAAUAGCAGCACUCAUUCACUUUCGAUAUACUAAAAAACGAUGGUGUGGGCGGGUAUAUUUUGGAGGACCAAUACCGAUGUGUAUUUCGAUUUUCUUGAAUAAUUUUAGUAGAUCGGGUAACGGGAUUUAAGAUGAGGAUUGAAGGUUGGGUUGCAUGCGGUGGCAUGUUUAAUUGCAAUUUGAUACUACUUCGUGUUUUGAUGCUGUACUUAUACCGUUGUGAUCGCUCUUGAUCUCGAUUUUCUUACUUGGAACUACCUACACAUAUUUUACUCGCUCGUUCGUUCAUUCCUUUGAUUUUGCUGAUUCAUUUAAUACCUCGAGUUUCUGUUUGCUUUUCUUUUUGCAAUUGAGGAUUGAUAUACAUACAGUGCAGGCACUAUUUUUUGAGAAUCGUUAAUUUUGAUUGAUUACUUGUUUGAGUUUCCUACGCUGUUUCAGUUACCUUGCUCUCUUCCUAUCGUUGCACAGUGGUACUCUCUUUGAAUACUAUAUCCCAUUGUUUCAUUAAAAUAUCACGAAAACUGCUGUCUCAUUGACGUUGACAUAUCUAUCCAUCAUGGUCGAUAGAAAACACGUUAGAAAAUCGAGGAGUCAUGGGUACUUUCAUCGAAGAAGACCAGAUGAGAUAUAUAUCCAAAAUGCCCAAAGUCAUAUGUUUUCAUACGCCAACAUGGAAGAAGUCAUGCCAACACCCGAACUCCUUUUUGACGUUGAUGAAAGAGAAAACGCCACAUUUCCCCGAACUCCAGAUGAUGAGGCAUCAUCACCCCGAAACUUUUUUCUCGAAAAGCCACCCGCGAGUUGGAAAUCAGAGGAAACGCCCAUCUCCCCUGGUGUGACUGUAUUAUUGAGUCCGGCGUAUGGGGAUGAGAAUGGCGAUUUGGAUGUCAUGGAGUUUUUCCAGGCAGCGACCUACCCAGGACCACGAGCGGUGCGAAUUACUUCAGAAAAGUCACGAGAUACGCCCAUGUCUCGAAAUGCAAAUAAGAAGAAAAAUUCAUCGAAAAUUGGGCUUCCAUCGCCAAAAACUCCUAAAGCUUGGCCUUCAAUCGUGGAGCCUGACAUUAGUACUCUUCCUUCGCCGGAAGUAAUUGAAAAGAAUAUACUAGGAGCUCGUCUGAAACUUUCUAGACGAGAGAUUUCGACUGAGAAGUCUGUAAAUUUUGGACAAACUCAACGUCGUAUGAUUGACAAUCCGCUUGAAGCAUAUCUUGUGGCACCAAGGCACAUGCCAGGCCGGAAACAAACUGGCUCGCCAUCUCCGGAAGAGAGAAAUACUCAUAGCCAAAACAAUCUGCUAGAACCAACAUUAGCAGCCAGCGGAACCAUUUCAAGGACACCUAGUCCAGUGUUUGAUUUUGACGAUUCGGAAAUCACAGAUAUUGAAAGCGGUGAUGAAUUUGAAGAGACACGCAACGAGAGAUUGAGCAGAUGUGAAACAUUAUCGAGUCAAGAUCUCCAUAGCCCAAUGUUUGACAAGCCUCCAAAGCCAUUGGAAAAAGAUUGGAAGUUCCGUCUCCAACAAGAUUGUGCUAUGGGUACUCUUGGUGCCUUAGAGUCACCCUCGAUGUUCUCAUCUGCUAGCCAAGCUCCUCGGAAAAUAUCCAAGUCGACAAAUAGAAGGCUCGGGGAGAUUGAAUUACCGAAUUACAAUACCGAAUAUUCAAAGAGUCACACAAAUGGUAUACACACAAGUCGUCCUCGUCAAACCAGUGCAGAAUCAACACGCUCUCAAACCUCGCCUAUCAUACCGCCACCUCGAAGGAACAGUCCACCUAUCAUGGCACCAAUUCAUCGAGACCAGAGCGAAGCAAAAGGAGCAUCAUUUGAACCAGAAUCCCGCACACCGCGAACUGUAGUAUCGAAUUGGCUCACGAGUAUGUCUUCCAACGCUGGACGUAAGGAACAAUCGCGAGAGCAUGAUGCUUUUUGGAAGAAAAGUCGAAGUUGGGGUCGCAAGACGAAGCCUAAAUUGGAAGGCUGGAUUUAAUAAUAUAGGCGGGGAGUAUGCCGUUGGGUGGUUUUGGUGGGGCGAUAUUUACGAUGUAAAUUUACGUGUUGACGGUCAGGGUUCAUCAAAAUUGUUAAUGAAUAUCUAGGCAUCUGGAAACUUUAAUGGAGGGCAUUGUGUAGAAAGAUUAUAUGUUAAAAUAUAAGGCCUGUGAGAGGGAAACUCGGGAGUGGGAGAAUGGAGAAGAGGCUGGAUCAUACUCCGUGAAUUUAUAAUGAUACCAAGUUCUUGUUCAUUGUGCUUAGGUUCCCCGAGCCU